AUGUGUUUUGCCCUGACGAAAUCGAAGCAACUCGUCAAAUCCCUUCUAUCUGCAGGUGACGGAUGGAAGCUCCGCAUCGCUAACAACCCACGUGGAGAGCUCGGACACAAAGGGAACAACAUGAAGGUCAAUAUGAACAAGAACAACCGACUGCGGCAAAUCACCCAGAUGGAGAAUGCUCCUGGAAACAAUCCGUUGCCAGAAACCAGCCGAUCAACAACGGCCGCAGGAAUAGCGAGCAGCAGCUCUGGCAAUAGGCGUUGA